GGUCAAAAGAAAACCAAAAAAACUUCCUGACUUGGCUGUUCGUAACGCUGGGGUAGCUAUAUUUCAUUAAAAUGAGUUAUCUUGCGAAAUAACCGAUAGAAAGCGACCACAAUUAUACCUUAUGUAUCAGAGCAUUAUCAUACUUGUCUCAGCUAAAUUGUAAGCUUCUUCAGCUUCAGGGAGUCUCGCUAUAAUAGCUGCUACUGGUUGUUUUAUUUUAGAACAGAACCGUUCUGAGUGAAGCCAUGAUGGCGUCGAGCUACAACGCGAAGGAAGACGGUCACGUCACCGUACCUGGUGGUGGGACCAUCCAGAAUAAAAAGCCCGAUAACACAGCUUUUAAACAACAACGAUUACCUGCUUGGCAACCCAUCCUGACAGCUGGCACAGUUCUUCCAGCUUUCUUCGUUAUCGGGCUUAUCUUCAUCCCCAUUGGUAUCGGCCUCUACGUCACGUCCAACAACAUCAAGGAGUUCGAGAUUGAUUAUACUGGGACUGACAUGUCCAGCCCAUGCUUCAACUGCUCCCAGAGCUUUAGUUGGAACAGCACAAGACCAUGCACCUGUGCACUGCCCUUCUCUCUGGAACAGCCCUUUGAAAGCAAUGUAUUCAUGUAUUAUGGCCUGUCCAACUUCUACCAAAAUCACCGGCGCUAUGUCAAGUCCAGGGAUGACAGUCAACUGAAUGGUGACACCACCUCUCUAAUGAACCCCAGUAAAGAGUGUGAGCCCUAUGCUCGCAAUGAAAAAAUGCCAAUUGCUCCCUGUGGUGCAAUCGCCAACAGCAUGUUUAAUGACACUUUGGAUCUGUAUUACAUUGACCCUAAUGGCACAAGAAUCCAAAUUCCUCUGAUGAAGAAGGGGAUCGCUUGGUGGACAGAUAAGCAUGUGAAGUUCAGGAAUCCUGGAGGCAACCCCAACCUCACAAGUGCUUUUCAAGGUACAACCAAGCCGAUCAACUGGCGCAAGCCCGUCUAUGAACUAGACACAGACGCUGAGAAUAACGGCUUCAUCAAUGAGGACUUCAUUGUGUGGAUGCGUACAGCUGCCCUCCCCACUUUCCGUAAGCUGUACCGUAUUAUCCAAAAGAAGAACAACAUGACGCCGACACUUCCCCGUGGCAACUACACCCUGGAAGUCACCUACAACUAUCCUGUUCGUAGCUUUGAAGGCCGGAAGCGUGUGAUCCUGAGCACCAUCUCCUGGAUGGGGGGCAAGAACCCUUUCCUGGGCAUCGCUUACAUCACUGUGGGCUCUGUCUGCUUCUUCCUGGGAGUGGUCCUCCUCAUCAUCCACCACAAAUAUGGCAGCCGCAACAACACCGCUGACAUCCCUAACUAAAGACAUAUUGUAUGUAUGUUGCAUGCUGGCUAGCAGAGGCAUGGGCGUAACCAGUGGCUAAUUACAAGCACUGGUGGUCUCUUGUCUGGCUUGUGUACUGUGUGUAAGAAUGGCCUGCUUGUCAAAAGUGCAAAGACGUCAGGGGAGAGUUCACUCAUAUUUAUUUUUCAUGGUCAGAAAGCUAUGCAGUUAACGUAGGGAUUUCUAUCAAGAUGUUGUAUUGACAGUAAGUUGAAAUGUAAUGACGCUACAUCAAUGUGCAGAUAGUACCGUUUUAAUUCAGAAAUAUGUGUGUGUCUGUCAUAGAUGUUUAUUAGUUCUAUAUGAAUAAAUUAUUUAAAAUAAUGUUUGAAGAUGGUCAAGCGAAUUGGAACAGUCCAUUAGGCUAAAUGUUGAAUUGCUUUGAGUCAGGGCUGUUUAUUCAUACAAGUAUGUUCUUGUUACAUACAUUACAGUAGUUUGAGGAACAUAUUUCUGGUCUGUUUACGCUACAGAUAGGUCUCUAUAGAUUGCACAAGGAUGUGCACAGAUUUUCAGGUCAAGCGUUAUGGAAGGCUUGCAAUGUUUUCAAUGUACUUUAGAACUUAUUUUCUCAGUGUAUAAAUAGUAAUUAUGUUCAGCUGCCUAAAAUAUGCAGAGUCAAGUUUAAGUAACAUAACACAAAUGAAAAUAGUAAAUUUCAAGGUUUUCAGGGACCAAAGCUCCAUGUAGCCUGGGCGCCAGUCUUUCUGCAUUCUUGCAAAUUCAUUAUGUAAAACAUGUUUAGCAUUACAAAUAAGUAGGCAAGAACACAGACAUACCUUGGACCAGUCUAGCAUUCAUUUUAUUCUAUGGAAAAACAUCCUUAUUUAUUUUCUUACUAAGAUUGUUGCAAAUUUGUGAAAUAUGUUUUGCACGAGUUACCUGUUACCUGGAGAUUAUACGCCUGUUGCUUGACAAAUAAAAUAAUAUCUGGACAACUCAUGUUGUUAACCAGAAUUUUAUUUGAAAAUGGUUGGAAAAAUGUUUCAAAAUUGAAAAAGUGAAUGUAUACUUAAUAUGUUUGAAUCUUGAGCCACUUUUGGCAGUACUUUUAUAGCCCAGAAUACAGUAUGGUUAUUACAGUAUGGUUAUUCUCCAAGUUCACACUCCUGCCCAGUAUGUGGCAGUAUGCCCCUUUCCUGACGCGUCAGUAAAUCCUCCAAAGAAACUAGCGGAAACGUGGUGUUACUGUGUCCUUGUACGACGACUGACGUGGGGAGAAGAUGUACGGACACAUUCAAGAGGACAAUGAGAUUCCAAUUCAUUUGAAAGGGGGUGUCAGCGAUGCUAUCCUAAUAUAGAACAACAAUGGCACUCACUAUUCUGGGAUCUGCGCAUGUCAUAUAUGAGCUGGUUUGUGCAGGUUUCCCCAAGAAGAAGGAGUGACUGCAGCUCCUGGGCUCACAUCUUCUACAAUACAUCCUGUUAGUUGUAAAAUGUUGUCUCCAUGUCCUUAGGGGGUUGAUUUGUCCUGUCAUAAUGGUUUCUGUUUCAUGGGAUCAAUAUGUAUUUAUUUAUUGUAAUUGAGGAUGAUUAAAUAUGCCUCAUAAUGAA